AUGGGGGAGGGAAAGCCCAGACUGUCUUCAAAGUCUCGAGCUCUGCAUAGGAUCUACUAUUACCUUCGAGUCAUUUACGAAAGUACCGCUCCCCUACGAAGUCCCACAUGUCGCUUUUCGCCAUCUUCCGGAGAAGGUGUUCUUCAUAUGCCCCAUUCUCCAGGCCAACAAGUCUCCACCAGUACUUUCCCUUUCCCAGACGAGGAUGCAAUAUCUUUGUGCUCUGAGCCUGUACAAGCAGCAAGCAAGAUGGCAUCAUAUGAAUGUAUCUAUGGAAUCCCACAGAGCUUACUCGUUUUGCUUCAAAGAACCAUUGAUCUGAUUGAUAGGGUCGAUGCGGCGAGGAAGAAUCAUAGCAUCACAUCGAUACCAAGAGAUUUGGACAGAAUGUGCGAUGAUAUUGAAAGAGAUAUCUUCGACUGGCCACUCGACUUGGAACUCACUCGGUAUCGAGAUGCCGACAUUGGCACGAGCUUUGAGAUCAUCUAUCACCAAACACAUUCAUUUCACAACGCUCUCAUUAUUUACUUCUCCCAGAAUGUCAGACUACUCAGCCAUAGGUAUCUCCGCCAGUAUGUGACAGAGGUUCUCCAUGACAUUGAGACAAUCGAGAACAUCAAGGCCGAGACCAAGCUACUUGCUGCACCCCUCUUCUGGCCGGCUUUCAUGGCGGCAACGGAAGCUCAUGAUCAGCGUCUUCAAGACCGCUUUCGCCAAUGGUAUACUAAAGUUGCGGUUUACGGCAUCAAAGCGGUGAGAACAGGAACUCAAGUUGUAUAUGAAGCGUGGAAACGGGGGCCCUCGUCUGAUGGUCGUGUGACGAGCCAAUGGCGUACGGUAGUGGAGGAAACAGGGACGACUUUGAUGCUGACAUGA